AUGGCUCUAUCUACUGCAGAGGCUGAGUAUGUUGCAGCUGCUUCAUGUUAUGCCCAACUUCUUUGGAUAAAACAGCAGCUUAAAGACUUUGGUAUAGAAACAGAUCCGUCUACAUCUCCACCACCAAAAGUUACAUCUCCACCAUCACCAGUUAAAGAAGCAUCUCCACCUGUAGUUGCAAAAUCUCCACCACCACCCACCAUAGAAACUCCACCAUCACCAAUCCAAGAAACCCCAUUAUCACCAAACCCAGAAACCCCUACAACCACUGUCCCAAAUAACCCCCCUUCUUCCCCAUCUCACAAAAUUACUCCUCAAAACCCACCACCAUCUCCACAUUAUCCAAUCAAUGAUUACAUUCUUUUGAGUACCCUUCACCCUAAAAAACCAAGAAAGCACAUUGCAGUUAAGCAGGUUCGUCCACACAGGCCAAUGACUCGGAGUGCGAAUGUGGCCAAACCAACUGAUGGUGCAACAUCUAGUGUGAAGCGUCGUCGUUUGGGUAAGUCUCUUGCUCACUCAUCUGUUUCUCCAAUGAAUCUUGAUUCUGAAACUGAUGAUGUCUCUAAGGGUAAACAUUCUGCAACUCCUCAAUCAAAAUCAAAAUCUGCAAAAAGAAAUGUAGAUAAUUUCGCAUAG